AUGGAUCCUCUUUAUCAAUCUAUUUCCUCACAAAAAGACACAUUUUCUUCAGUAAUAUCAAGUGAAAAACAUGAAUAUGAAGAAGAUCUUACAUUAAGCUUAUUAAAAAAAGGAUUACCGGAUGAAAUAGCCGAAUCUUUAUAUAUAAAUAAAGUUAAAAAUAAACCUUUAUUAAUACAUCCAACAGAUAGAUAUAAAAAUAAUGAACAAGGCAGUGACCCUAGAAAUCUUAAACGACUUAAUUAUUUAUCAAAAUUACAUCAUAAAGGCCGUAAAAAAAAACCAAGACCUCUUAGUUCUAGAGAAAAAAAGGCUACAGGAAUCUAUAAUAUUUCGAAAGAUGCUUGCAAAUACAAUAUUUGGAUACCUUUACAUAAUCUUUGGAAGGAAUAUAUCAAAGAAAUUAUUGGUUCUAGUUCAAUAUCAAUUAUAUCACAAAAACUUUUAAAAGCAGAUAUGCAUGGAAGUAAACUGAAAGUUGUUCGGUCAAGAUGCCCUUCAAGAGUAGGUAUUGAAGGAAUAUGUAUUAAAGAAACAAAAAAAACAUUCGUUUUAAUUACAGAAAAAAACCAACAAAAAGUUAUCCCAAAAGAAAACUCAGUAUUUAGUAUUGAAAUAGAACAGAUUCUUAACUAUAUAAAUGAAAAACAGGAUUCAUAUGAAGAGAUUGAUGAAAAACAUUUAAUGGUAUUUGAAAUCAUGGGAUCUCAUUUUAUAUAUAGAGCAGCUGAAAGAAUUGGAAAAAAAAUUAAAUCCAAGUCAAUUUUGGAGUUAUAA